GUUACACACCGCCCCGUCUUUAAGCCGCACACAGAGCGCCGUUAGCCGCAGGACAACAGCAGAGUAGAGGGUACUGAGAUCCGGGAAGUAAAGGCUCCACACUCAUGCCUUGAGGAAGGGAAACGAGUGGCGUUGCUGUUAAUGGAACGAAAUCACACCCAUCUGGAAUUGUAAAAAUGAUUGAAACAAUGGACACUCAGCGUGCCUUGCAGGCGGUGGAGCGUCUCCAGGCCCGGCUGAAGGAGCGGGGGGAGGUGCCCACCGAGGAGAAGCUCAGCCUACUCAAGUCUGUGCUCCAGAGCCCCCUCUUUCACCAGAUCCUCGCCCUGCAGAAGUCCGUGCAGCACCUCAGAGACCAGGAGAGUCUCCCAGGGUCGUGUGAGACUGACCUCUGCGAUCAUGUCGCAGCAGUCAAGCCCAACGGCGGCCAUGUUUCCUACUCAGACCUUUCAGCUUCUACUCUCAUCAACGGCAAGCCAUCGUCUGAGGAAUUUGAACAUCUUGUUCACUCCAUGGCGCAGGGGCGCUACCUGGCACAUGUGGAUCUGCAGAAGCCAGAGUCAGGGGGUCUGGGCUUCAGCGUGGUGGGACUGAAGAGCGAGAACCGGGGAGAGCUUGGCAUCUUCAUCCAGGAAAUACAAGCAGGAAGUGUGGCUGACUGCGAUGGGAAGCUGAGGGAAGCGGAUCAGAUCUUAGCCAUCAACGGGAAGAUCCUGGACCAGACAGUGAGCCACCAGCAGGCCAUCGGCCUCCUGCAGAGCACCUCAGAGAGGGUCCAGCUCACCGUGGCCAGAGGACCCAUCCCCCAGCUCGCCAGCCCCGCAGUGUCACGCACACCCUCUGCAGCCAGCACCCUGUCUGCCAACUCCAGCGCGUGGCAGCACGUGGAAACGAUCGAGCUGGUGAACGAUGGCACUGGCCUCGGCUUCGGUAUCGUGGGAGGAAAGACCACCGGAGUUAUUGUGAAGACCAUCCUUCCUGGAGGCAUCGCUGAUCAGGAUGGCCGACUGCGCAGCGGGGACCACAUCCUGCGGAUCGGGGACACUGACCUGCUGGGGAUGGGCAGCGAGCAGGUGGCCCAGGUCCUCCGGCUGUGUGGGAACCGGGUGAAGCUGGUGGUGACCCGGGGGCCCCUGGAGGAGGGCCCCUCUGUCGCUGCUGUCAUGCCUGUGGUGCUGCCCACCGUCAAUGAACAGGGCUAUGAGGAGGAGGAGGAGGAGGAGGAAGAGGAGGAAGAGGAGGAUGAAGCGUUUGAUGUGAGCCUAACGAAGAACGCACAGGGUCUGGGCAUCACUAUCGCCGGCUAUGUUGGAGAUAAAAACUCAGAGCCCUCUGGCAUUUUUGUGAAGAGCAUAACAAAAGAUAGCGCUGUAGAUCAAGAUGGCCGCAUCCAUGUUGGAGACCAGAUAAUAGCUGUGGACAGCGUGGACAUCCAGGGCUUCACCAACCAGCAGGCGGUAGAGGUGCUGCGCCACACAGGCCACACGGUGCACCUCAAGCUGAUCCGGAGGGGCUUCAAACCCGAAGACCUCCCCCCCGCUUUGGCCCCCAGCAUCGGCGUGCUGCCCCCCCACACCACCAUCCCCACCACCACCAUAGUGCUGGAGGAGCUGGAGCUGGAGAGGAGGAAGGCAGAGGAAGAGGCUGCGGCACAAGUCACCGCAGAUGAAAAGCCACCUCAGACAAAGAGCGAAGUAUCUGAUGUCGGCUCGACCUCGGAUCAGCUGACAGACGACACACAUGGGAUGAAGCUAACAGCCUUUGAGGAAGAGGAACUGAUGAAGAAGUGGCUCGAGAUUCUGGGUCCAAGUAAUGAAGUUGUAGUGGCUCAGGUGGAGAAGUUCAGUGCGAGCAGCGGGCUGGGCAUCAGUCUGGAGGCGAGCAGCGGACAUCACUACAUCCGCUCCGUCCUUCCUGAGGGACCUGUGGGUCGCUGCGGGAAGCUCUUCAGCGGAGAUGAACUGCUUGAGGUCAACGGCUUGUCUCUGAUUGGUGAAACGCACAAGGAAGUGGUGAGGAUCCUGAAGGAGCUUCCUCUCUGCGUCUUCAUGACCUGCUGCAGACCCGCCCCCCACCUGCAGACUGACAUGCACGAUGUCCAACCAGAACCAGAGAUUCUGUCUACAGUGUCUGCAUUAAAGAAACAAAUAGACCUGAGCAUUGUGCGGGCGGCUGCAGACUCAGAGGUGAAGGCAGCAGCAGCAGCAGCAGCAGCAUCAGUGACAGAGGAAAAUGUGACGGAGGAGGUCGUAGCCUCUCCUCUGGCCAUGUGGGAGCUGGAGAUCCAGAACAUCGAGCUGGAGAAAGGAGAAGGAGGAUUGGGAUUCAGCAUCCUCGACUACCAGGACCCGCUGGACCCGGCCAAGACGGUGAUCGUGAUCCGCUCUCUGGUUCCCGGCGGCGUGGCGGAGCAUGACGGCCGGCUGCUGCCAGGAGACCGCCUCAUGUACGUGAACAGCACGGAGCUGGAGAACGGCAGCCUGGAGGACGCAGUGCAGGCGCUGAAGGGGGCCCAGCUGGGCAUGGUGCAGAUAGGAGUGUCCAAACCGCUGCCUGGAAUAUGUGGAUAUUCCCACUCUCCACACCCCUAUGGUGAGCAGGAAAUUACUCCAUCAUCCACCAUCCAUUCAUUUGACUUCAACAAUAUUUUGGUUGAAGAAGGAGAGGAAGAAGGACCGGCUGAGGGCAACGUUUACCGAGCAGAGCCGGCAUUGAUCGACACCAGCGAGGCGGAGCAGUUAGAUCAUUCUUACUCCACGAUGGACGACGACUCUUUCCAGGCGUCCAUGAUGGCUCUGCACGGCAGCAGCUGCAGCGCCGACCUGGACUACCUGCACGCAUCUACACCCAAGCUGACGGCUCGUCUCGACCUGUUGGAGGAGCGUCCCGGAUUCGAGACUCCACCCGGCCUCGAAGACGAUUUUCCAGCCUUCUCCCCGCAGAAGUCUGCCUCUUUCUCUCCUCCCAGUCUCAGAGGCCCGACUUUUAACUCCAUACUGAGCCCCUCUGACCACUUCCUGGCACCACACGCUGACACAGAGGAACCAGAGCAGUGUUUAAACUCUGAAGCAGGGACCGGAGCAUUAGACGAACCUGCAGAGACACCCAUGUGUUUUGAAGAUAUUGGAGAUAUAAAUAUGAUAAAGGAUGAAGACGCUGCUGUGAUAGCGGAGGACGCUGAUGAAGAAGCGCUGACCUCGGGGAGCAGCUUUGAAAGGACGAUCACAGUCGUGAAGGGCAACUCCAGCCUGGGGAUGACUGUGAGCGCGAUGAAGGCCAGUCUGGGGAUGCUGAUCCGCAGCAUCAUCCACGGCGGCUCCAUCAGCCGGGACGGGCGUCUGGGGGUCGGGGAUCUGAUCCUGGCCAUCAACGGAGAGCCCACCACUCACAUGACCAACGCUCAGGCGCGAGCCAUGUUGCGACGACACUCGCUCAUUGGACCAGACCUGGGAUCUGCUAGUGCACCUGAGGACGACCUGUGCCCGUUUUAUGUAAUCACAUAUGUACCUGCAGAGUAUCUGGAGGAGUACAAGGCCAGCCUAGAGCAGACUACAGAGGAAGUCUCCGAUGAAAUCCAUGCAGUCCCAGCUCCAGAUCCGAAAGAUAUUCCUAACCUCCCUGAGCGGGAAGAUGGAGAGGGAGAGGAGAGUGCCUCUUACAACAAUUGGAACCAACCCAGGAAAGUGGAGCUCUUCCGGGCGCCAGGCAAGUCUCUGGGUAUCAGUAUUGUCGGGGGCCGGGGGAUGGGCAGUCGGCUGAGCAACGGAGAGGUGAUGAGGGGCAUCUUCAUUAAACACAUCCUGGAGGACAGUCCUGCGGGACAGAACGGGACCCUGAAGACUGGAGACAGGAUCGUAGAGGUGGAUGGAGUAGAUCUAAGAGAUGCCAGUCACGAGGAGGCAGUGGAGGCUAUCCGCAAGGGAGGAAACCCCGUCACCUUCUUGGUACAGAGUAUCAUCCACAGGCCCCGGUCUUCGGGAGCAGACUCCGGAGAGGACAGAGCUGCAGCUGUGACGAAAGGCAACAAGGACAAGGAGGCUUACAGUCACAGUAGACUUUUCCUCCGCCUCUCCCCAACUAACCCUUUCACUCCUACCCCAUUUAAGUCUGUGAAGCGUGAAGCGGUGAAGGCACCUCCCACCAGCGCCGUCCUCCCCCUGCCGGUGAUGCCCCAUGUGGGGGAGACUGACACCGACACACUGACGGAGAGUCCUGGAGGACCUGCAGAGGAAGAGGAGGAGGAGGAGGAGGAGGAGCAGAGGGUGGAGCAGCAAGAGGAAGAGGAAGAGGAGGAUGAGUUUGGAUACAACUGGAAGAACGUCUCCCAGCGUUACGGCGGCCUCCCGGGGGUCCUGCACAUGAUGGAGCUGGAGAAGGGGAGGACGGGCCUGGGUCUCAGCCUGGCCGGGAACAGGGACCGCUCCCGCAUGAGUGUGUUCGUGGUGGGCAUCGACCCCAACGGGGCGGCGGGCAGGGAUGGACGCAUGGUGGUGGGGGACGAGCUGCUGGAGAUCAACGGGCAAGUCCUCUACGGACACAGUCACCAGAACGCCUCCUCCAUCAUCAAGAGCGCUCCUUCCAGAGUCAAAAUCAUCUUUGUCAGGAACACGGAGGCGCUGCAGCAGAUGGCUGUGGGACCGGUGAGAGAGCAGGAGGGGGGAGACAUGGAGGGGAGAGACCCUGAGGACCCCCCCACUGAGCCAGAAACUACUGCUGCUAACGGAGACACUUCAAAAUAUAUUCAUCACGCCAUAAAGCUGAAGCAGGACGGAGGACUGGGCAUCACCUUCGUGGAGGGAAACACAGAGAAUGGAGUGGAGAUUCAGAGUAUAUCUGAAGUGAGAGGACACACAGGAAAGGAGGGCUGUAUGAGACCAGGGGACAAACUCCUAACUGUGAACGGGGAAUCAGUGCUCGGCUACACUGUGGAACAGGUGAACUCUCUCCUGAGGACAUCCAAAGGUCCAGUGAAGCUCACCUUCUCGUCUCUCCCGUCCACCAGUGAGGAUGGGGAUUGCUCCGAUGGCAUCCUCCCAGGCUUUCCAAGCAUGCAUAGCAUUGCAGCAACGACUCUGAGUCAACCAGAGGCAGAGGCAGUGAUGAGUUUGAGUCGCUCCUCCACCCCCACCACGCUGACCUGUGACCCCACGACGUGUCCCAUCAUCCCCGGCUGCGAGACGACCAUCGACAUCUUCAAGGGCCGCACCGGCCUCGGCCUCAGCAUCGUGGGGGGCUGCGACACCCUGCUGGGGGCCAUCAUUAUCCAUGAAGUGUAUGAAGAAGGAGCUGCUUCUAAAGAUGGCAGACUCUGGGCAGGAGACCAAAUCCUGGAGGUGAACGGCAUCGACCUGCGAGUAGCGAGUCACGAUGAGGCGAUCAACGUCCUGCGGCAGACCCCCCAGAGGGUCCGGCUGGUGGUCUUCAGGGACGAGGCGCAGUACAAGGAGGAGGACCUGUGGGACUCCUUCAGUGUGGAGCUGCACAAGCAGCCAGGACAGGGCCUGGGCCUGAGCAUUGUGGGGAGGAGGAACGACACCGGAGUGUUUGUGUCUGACAUUGUGAAGGGGGGGCUGGUGGACACUGACGGCCGGCUGAUGCAGGGCGAUCAGAUCCUGUCCGUCAACGGGGAGGAUGUGAGGACGAGCACGCAGGAGGCCAUGGCUGCACUGCUCAAGUGCUGCGUGGGGCCCAUCAACAUGGAGGUGGGGAGGUUUAAAGCCGGGCCCUUCCACUCUGAAAGAAGACUCUCUCAGAGCAGUCAGAUGAGUGAGAAUGGCAGCACCAGGUUGGUCUCUCAGGCAGACAAUGGCCCUACUGACCCCGACAAACCAAACAUGUGUCUAGACACUCAAGAGCAUCAGGAGACCAGGACAGUGGAGUUCACUAAGGGGCCCCAUGACUCUCUGGGGGUUAGUAUAGCGGGGGGCGUGGGCAGCCCUCUGGGGGAUAUCCCCAUCUUCAUCGCCAUGAUGAACCCUGUGGGCCUGGCUGCUCAGACUCAGCAGCUCAAAAUUGGGGACCGCAUCGUCAGUAUCUGUGGGAGCUCGGCUGAAGGCAUGACCCACGCUCAGGCUGUCAGUCUGCUGAAGAGCGCCACAGGCACAAUACAGCUGCAGGUGGUAGCAGGCGGCGACACCUCUGUGACCGGACCCCCUCCGGAACCCCCGGCUGCACCUAUUACUCCCAGCUGCAUCUUCCAGGACGACCUCGGCCCCCCUCAGUAUAAAAGCAUCAAUCUGGAGAGAGGACCUGAUGGCCUGGGCUUCAGUAUAGUGGGGGGGUACGGCAGCCCCCAUGGAGACCUGCCCAUCUACGUUAAAACCGUGUUUGGAAAGGGGGCAGCGGCAGAGGACGGCCGACUGAAGCGGGGGGAUCAGAUAAUGGCGGUUAACGGGCAGACUCUGGAGGGCGUCACUCAUGAAGAAGCCGUGGGCAUCCUGAAGAGGACCAAAGGAACCGUCACACUCACUGUCCUCUCAUAAUACACACUCACACAUGUCAGAACUCAAAUUGAUUAGUGGGAUGUGCUUAAAUCUCCAGAGGUGAAAAUAUGCACACUGCUUUAUUUCCUGAUAUUCAUGAAGGAGCUUAUUAUCAUUAUUGAAUGUAGCUUUAAACACUGUGAUCCACGUAAGCCUACAGCACAUAGACUAAAAAAAGAUAUGUUCCCUGAACCAGUCAUGUCAAGUUAAGUUCAUAAAAAGUUCUUAUUUUAAUCUCAAAGAGGUUGAAAAUAGUUUAAGGAACAACUCUCUUACAUUCCCUGGCUCUGGAUUGAAGUAUUUUCCUGUAUUUAAAUGAAUUGUUUGAUCAAUAUUAACACAAAAGUAUUUCUACAGAGAAGCCUGUUUUCAACGUUUUUAGCAGUCUGAUGUUAUACCACAAUCAGAGGAUGAAAGAGCAUGAAACUCCCUCGAGGUGAUGAGCAGAUUAGCUAAAUUGAGCUAAUUUCUGUAUUAGCUGUAAGCAGCAAUUCAUCGUGUUGAUUUUCCUGAAAGGCUGAUGCGGCUGUGGCUGUUGCUAAUUCAACAUUUCAUAAAGUCAAAAAUACAUAGCCUAAAGUCACUGUUGUUCUAGCAAAAGUGUCCAAGAGAACAUUAUUAAAUGAUGAUGGCUAGAAGUCUGUAUAAACCGGAAAAAAUGUGUAAGUGAAGUCCUUAAAACUAAGAAGUGUGUCGUCGGAGUGCACAUUUUACUAAAUGAGGAAUUGUUGGUGUGUCCUACUCACUGAAAUAUAUUGCUGCUAAAGCCGAUAUAUAAAAAGGUAUUAUGUAAGUAUUCUGAAUUUUUUAGUAUUAAGUGCACAGAAAAGCAAAAGGCCGGCUCACUAGGUUUGACUGUUCGAGGGUUUGAUUUAAUAACGGACCUGCUCUCUUACUGUUUACUGAAAACAAAGUCAUGUAGCUCCUGAAGGCUUUAGGCAUGUGCUCUAGUUUCUUUCUCUUCUCUGUUUUAUCACCAUAAAUAUGCAUUUCUAGCUCUGUCAAUGGGACAGUAUUGAAUUUAUUCACACUGAAUUAAAUAAAAGUGACCUUUGGAUUCAA